AUGUCGCUUCUUUUGAGCAUAGCCUCUUUCCUAUUGCAUACUGCCAUGCUAGUCUGCACAUUGCCUGUCAUGGCUGUCGCUAUAAUCGCGGUGAUCACCAAGAAGAUCUGUUACGCUCUGAGCGGCUCAUCCGGCGAGCUCGAUUACUCCUUCGAACGCGUUGACAAUUAUUACGUCGAUAACACAAUCUCUGAUCCCUGGGAGACCUGCCGCUACCUGGGUAUCCUGGCUGGUAUGCGUCUACUUACUGCUGCUUUGUUGUGCGGCUGCACGGUUCCGGCUCUGGAAUUCUGUCCAAAGGUACCACGCCCUGCAAUACGGCACAAUUACAGCCUGAUACUCGAUGUGUCCAAGCCUCUCCGCACUCGUCCUUACCCCCAAUACGCAGAUACUCAGGCAUCUUCAUCGCUAUCCACAGCUAAACCAUUCCCUUACACCAACUUUGAUCCCCACCGUGGCUGCAAUCGCUCCGUCAAAAAAGCAGAACUCAUCUUCGUUUCGACUCCAGACACCAGGAACUUCCUCAACAAGGAUGAAAAGCGAGAACUUGGCAAUCAGUACGUCGAAAGGAACGGCUCUAGGCGGUGGCAACGCAUUCCAAAGCGAAGAGAAGAUGAUAAUAAAAGCAUGGCUGACCCUACUGUAAUCGGUAGUCAGCAGAGUACACUCAAGUCUGGAAAGAAGGGUCAAAAUCCAGUUGAUGCUUGCGCUAUUGUUGUCACCAAAGUACCUGAAGUAAUUAGAGGUUUCCUGGCUGCAGCGUCUGAGGCCCCAGAUGAUGCUGGAGUCAGCAAACUUAUUCAAGGAACUUCUGGAGCUAGUAAAAUGACCAAUGUUCAGGGAAGCUCAGGAUCUCCAACACGCUUCUCCUCCAACCCCUGGCCCAGAAGCAGCGAGCUUUAUCAUUCAAGGUCUCAACUCUAUCCCAAGCAAACCUCAACCUCUUGUGCGUCAAUGCGCAUAACUUACCGACUCCACAAGUGCUUGCACGCCGGCGGCAUGUACAGAGAUCCUUGA